AUGACGACAAAUGACCGCGACAAAGAAAACAAAGUUACCAGAAUCACCACAGGACGGAGAAAACGGAAAAAAGAAACAAGCAAGACAGAAAUGGGCACGGCGUACAAACAAUCUGGUCAUGGUGCAGCACCGAGAUGCGCACCGAUAAUUUUUGCAUGGGCGCGCGCACAGCCUCACCGUCUAUGUCCUGGUAAAUCCAGCAAUCUCCUGCCAACUCCGCUUAUCACCGGCUAUGUCCGACUAGACCCGAUGAGUGCCGACCUGCGCCUCUCAGGGUAUAUGAAAUAUUUAAAGCGAGAACCAACAACUUUUCCUUUACCACAGCUUUUUUUCCCACCAAUGUCCACCAAUAACACGACAAGCUCAAACACCUAUACAUGGAAGGCGUACCAGUACGUGCCUUCGCAAGUUCUUGCCAUCGUGGCCAUUGUGCUUUUCGCCCUUGCUACAUUGAUGACUUGUGUCCAAUUCAUCAGAGCCCUUGUCAAGGCUCCUGCCAAUACCGGUGCCAGAAGACGCAUUUGCUCUAUCAUUCCGUUCAUAGUGGGUGGAUUUUUUGAAAUCAUCGGUUACAUUGGAAGAGCCGCCUCCCACAACGACACACAGGCUUUGGGCCCAUACAUUAUCCAGGCGAUUUUGUUAUUGGUUGCCCCUGCCUUGUUUGCCGCUUCCAUUUACAUGACGUUGGCCAGAAUCAUUGUCCAGUUGAACGCCCAGCACCAGUCUGUGGUUCCUGUCAAGUAUCUCACCAAGAUUUUCGUCUGCGGUGAUGUCUUGUCGUUUCUUUUGCAAGCUGCCGGUGGUGGUGUGCAAUCUGGUGGCUCCCUCGAUAUGUUGCACUUGGGAGAAAAGUUGAUUAUCGUGGGUUUGUUCAUCCAGAUUGCCUUUUUCGGUCUUUUCAUCGUUGCCUUGACCAUUUUCCAAGUCAGAAUCAACAAAAACCCAACCUCGCACUCCUUGAGCCUCAGGAAUUUCCCAUCCAACAAGAGAAACUGGCAGAUGGUUAUCAUCACCCUUAUUGUGUGUUCGAUUUUAAUCUUCAUCCGUUCCAUUGUUCGUGUCGUUGAGUACCUUCAAGGUAACCAUGGUUUCAUCAUUUCCCACGAAGCUUUCCUUUACACCUUGGAUGGCUUGAUGAUGUUGUUCAACAUGAUCGUUUUCAACUUGGAAGACAUUGGCUACUACUAUGCCCAGUCGGCUCGCCAAGAAGACGACUCCAACUCUUACGAAAUGCUGGAGUACAUCAAUGACCUGAGCAAAUACAACAUGGUCAGUGCUCCAUUGGUGAACCAACCCUAA